UACGCGGUAUCGAGGUAGCUCAGGUGAAGGACUCCUGCAAAAGCCUCCACUGCAGGUGCGUAUUACCACCCUUCAUACUGCAAUACACCACACAUUAGAAACAAGACUCAUUUAGGUAAUAUCACAACAAAAUAAAACCACAACAAACCAAACAAAGAUAUGUUAGGAAUUGUUACCUAUAGCUGUAUGCGCUUAUAACCUCGAAAUUAUUAUUAUUAUUGUUGUUGUUGUUGGCACGCAGCUACACACAGUUUGGGGCCAAUGACUGGUCGAGCUUGUUCUCAGGAGUGCUAUUUUCUGCUGUUUUUACCUUGCAUUUUUGGGGGGUCAAAUGUUGCAAAGAUAAUGAGGAUAUAACUAUUAUUGUUAUUAUUAGAUUAAUAGGCAUUAAUUGUAUUAGUUUUAGCCUAGUAAUAGGCAUAGCAUGCCUCUGUUGUACCCUAUUGUUGUUUGAGAUAACUCAUUUUGAUCCUUGGAAAAUUAGCUUAGAGAGCUUUACUGAUUCAACUUUUCGUAUGGUUUUCUUGAGGAUAGUAGGUCCCUAGCAUACAGUCAUAUUUGUAUUUCUCUGUGGACUUUUAUCAAUGUGGAUGUGAAAAAGCAACAUCACCAUGAGUUAUUCCCGUGGAAUAAGUUUCCAUAAUUUAAAGCAGAAAUUGUCAUAUUUUGUAACAUCUUGUGACAGGCAUAAGAUUUCUUGGUUAUGCGCAAAAAUAAAUAAGAAAUCAGGAACUAUCAAAAAGAGGUGUCACAAUAAAAAAGGACUGUGUAUUUGUUUCCUCUGAGAGAAAAAACAUACUUAAAAAGUGAACAGGUACUGGCUUUUCACAUUUAAAUGUCUUUCUUUCCAAAUUGAUUUAUUAAAGUCUAAACUGUUUAGCCUUACUCCAAUAUACCUUGAAGUUUGCUACAUGUUCUUCAUGGUUUACCUCAAAGUAAUGUAAGUUAUUUUUCCCUGUAGGGCAAUGCCUCUUCAUCCAGAAUUCAGAGAUACUCCAUCUCCCACUCUUGGUAUGUACAGUAGGCUACGCUUUACUAUCUAUGAAAUCCAUACCUCACCACCAGGCAGCAGCACCACACACAGAGGCAACCUCCACUCACAAUUAUCCUAAUCCCACAGAUGAUGCUGGUAAGGCACCUAAAGACUCAGUCGUCCUGCCGGCAUACUCUACCAUGGACCUGGUGGACAAGGACCCGGAUGAGGAUGACCCCUGGAACCUCCCUGAACUGCAGGACACUGGACUCAAGUGGUCAGGUGAGAUAGAGAAUGGUUGCGUCUGAAAUUGUGUCCGAAAUUGCACCUUAUUCCCAACAAAGUGCACGACUUUUGACCUAUGUGCGCUUGUCAAAAGUUGUGCACUAUGUAGGGAAUAGGGUGCCAUUUCGGACACAGCCUAGCUCACCUUCUUCACCCUUCACUGUGAUGAAAAUCAAGGCUGUUGAAGUGAGAACCUGUGUGACUACACCAACAAAAAUCCAGUCUCUCUUUGGAAACAGAGUUGGAUGCCAAAGGGAAGGUUAUGCGGGUUCUGACUUCCAUCGUCAAGUUUAUUCUGCUAGUUGGACUUCUCUACAUGUUCGUCUGCUCUCUGGACGUCCUGAGCUCUGCUUUCCAGCUAGUUGGAGGUAACUUUAAACCCGCUCUCUCUCUCUGUCAGAGUUGACAAAAUGAAUGUUAUGGUUUUAUACUGAAUCUUUGUUGAUGCACAUAAUUCAACCCAAUCAUAUAAUAUACAGUCACAAUCAAAUUAACGUCUAUGGGAUCGGUGUCCCGAAUACGGGACGGUUGUGCUAACGUGCGCUAAUGUGAUUAGCAUGACUGUUGUAAGUAACAGCAAACUUUCCAGAACAUAGACAUGUCUUAUAUGGGCAGAAAGCUUAAAUUAUUGUUAAUCUAACUGCACUGGCCAAUUUACAGUAGCUAUUACAGUGACAAAAUACCAUGCAAUUGUUUGAGGAGAGUGCACAACAAAAAAAUACGUAUCAAGGCAACUGGUUUGAUACGUUCACCUCUGAAGGUAAAUAAUGUACUUACAUUCAGUAAUCUUGCUCUGACUUGUCAUCCUAAGGGUCCCAGAGAUAAAAUGUAUCAUAGUUUCGUUUGAUAAAAUCAAUUUUAUAUUCAAAUGUAGGAACUGGGUUCUACAGUUUGAACCCCUGCUGUCUCUGGCCAUCUAGAUGUGUGAAAGUUAGUGUAUAAGCUCAUGAUCCAUCAUUUAUGACAUUCCUGGGAGUGUGUAAACUUACAUUUUGUAUUACCAUAUCAUUUUUGUGUGUUCUCUUUAGUUACAGUGGGGGAAAAAAGUAUUUAGUCAGCCACCAAUUGUGCAAGUUCUCCCACUUAAAUAUAUGAGAGAGGCCUGUAAUUUUCAUCAUAGGUACACGUCAACUAUGACAGACAAAAUGAGAGAAAAAAAAUCCAGAAAAUCACAUUGUAGGAUUUUUAAUGAAUUUAUUUGCAAAUUAUGGUGGAAAAUAAGUAUUUGGUCACCUACAAACAAGCAAGAUUUCUGGCUCUCACAGACCUGUAACUUCUUCUUCAAGAGGCUCCUCUGUCCUCCAUUCGUUACCUGUAUUAAUGGCACCUGUUUGAACUUGUUAUCAGUAUAAAAGACACCUGUCCACAACUUCAAACAGACACACUCCAAACUCCACUAUGGCCAAGACCAAAGAGCUGUCAAAGGACACCAGAAACAAAAUUGUAGACCUGCACCAGACUGGGAAGACUGAAUCUGCAAUAGGUAAGCAGCUUGGUUUGAAGAAAUCAACUGUGGGAGCAAUUAUUAGGAAAUGGAAGACAUACAAGACCACUGAUAAUCUCCCUCGAUCUGGGGCUCCACGCAAGAUCUCACCCGUGGGGUCAAAAUGAUCACAAGAACGGUGAGCAAAAAUCCCAGAACCACACAGGGGGACCUAGUGAAUGACCUGCAGAGAGCUGGGACCAAAGUAACAAAGCCUACCAUCAGUAACACACUACGCAGCCAGGGACUCAAAUCCUGCAGUGCCAGACGUGUCCCCCUGCUUAAGCCAGUACAUGUCCAGGCCCGUCUGAAGUUUGCUAGAGUGCAUUUGGAUGAUCCAGAAGAGGAUUGGGAGAAUGUCAUAUGGUCAGAUGAAACCAAAAUAGAACUUUUUGGUAAAAACUCAUCUCGUCGUGUUUGGAGGACAAAGAAUGCUGAGUUGCAUCCAAAGAACACCAUACCUACUGUGAAGCAUGGGGGUGGAAACAUCAUGCUUUGGGGCUGUUUUUCUGCAAAGGGACCAGGACGACUGAUCCGUGUAAAGGAAAGAAUGAAUGGGGCCAUGUAUCGUUAGAUUUUGAGUGAAAACCUCCUUCCAUCAGCAAGGGCAUUGAAGAUGAAACGUGGCUGGGUCUUUCAGCAUGACAAUGAUCCCAAACACACCGCCCGGGCAACGAAGGAGUGGCUUCGUAAGAAGCAUUUCAAGGUCCUGGAGUGGCCUAGCCAGUCUCCAGAUCUCAACCCCAUAGAAAAUCUUUGGAGGGAGUUGAAAGUCCGUGUUGCCCAGCGACAGCCCCAAAACAUCACUGCUCUAGAGGAGAUCUGCAUGGAGGAAUGGGCCAAAAUACCAGCAACAGUGUGUGAAAACCUUGUGAAGACUUACAGAAAACGUUUGACCUGUGUCAUUGCCAACAAAGGGUAUAUAACAAAGUAUUGAGAAACUUUUGUUAUUGACCAAAUACUUAUUUUCCACCAUAAUUUGCAAAUAAAUUCAUUAAAAAUCCUACAAUGUGAUUUUCUGGAAUUUUUUUUAUAAUUUUGUCUGUCAUAGUUGACGUGUACCUAUGAUGAAAAUUACAGGCCUCUCUCAUCUUUUUAAGUGGGAGAACUUGCACAAUUGGUGGCUGACUAAAUACUUUUUCCCCACUGUAUGUACUUGAAAAUGUAUCAAUUGACCAAUUCGGCACAUUUGGACAGACUUGAUACAAAAGAGUCCAGUAUUGCAAUGCUUCACUGGAUCAAUCUGAAACUUUGCACACACACUGCUACCAUCUAGUGGCCAAAAUCUAAAUUGUGCCUAAACUGCAAUAUUAUAUUGUGGCCUUACUCUUGCAUUUCAAAAAAAUAGAAAAUGCAUGUUUUUUUGUUUGUAUUAUCUUUUAUCAGAUCUAAUGUGUUAUAUUCUCCUACAUUAAUUUCACAUUUCCACACAUUUCAAAGUGUUUCCUUUCAAAUGGUAUCAAGAAUAUGCAUAUCCUUGCUUCAGGUCCUGAGCUACAGGCAGUUAGAUUUGGGUAUGUCAUUUUAGGCAAAAAUUGAAACAAAGGGUCCGAUCCUUAAGAGGUUAAAGUAAUAAAAAGUUAUGUUUAUUGUCAACCAGGUCCUGAUAAGGGACCUAUUGUCCCUACUUAUGUUUUAGCUCUGCUCAUUUGAUGAUACUCUCAUACUUUCAUGUUGAUGACAUUACACAAUAUUUUCUAUCCUCUCAUUCUGUUUAUGAAUAUCAUAAAAUAGACGUUUUAUGGAUAUCAAAGCACUUAUGGGACGUUUUCAUGGUGAAUUUGGCUGUGUGUCACUGUGUAUCCGUAGGUAAGGCAGCCGGGGACAUCUUCCAGGACAAUGCGGUGCUGUCCAACCCUGUGGCUGGCCUGGUGAUUGGAGUGCUGGUCACAGUGUUAGUCCAGAGCUCCAGCACAUCCUCCUCUAUUGUGGUCAGCAUGGUGUCUUCUGGAUGUGAGUAUCAACACACAUACAAGUACACAUGGGACACAUACACAAAUAAACAGAUAGCCUAGCAGUUAAGAGCAUUGGGCCAGUAACCAAAAGUCUGCUGGUUUGAAUCCCCGAGCCGACUAGGUGAAAAAUCUACCUGUGCCCUUGAGCAAGGCACUUAACUCUAAUUGCUCCUGUAAGUUGCUCUGGAUAAAAGCGUCGGCUAAAUGACUAAAAUGUAAACAAACACAUUUGCACACACUCAUACAUACACAUCUAUAUACAGUACCAGUCAAAAGUUUGGACACACCUACUCAUUCAAGGGUUUUUCUUUAUUUUCACUAUUUUCUACAUUGUACAAUAUUAGUGAAGACAUCAAAACUAUGAAAUAACACAUAUGGAAUCAUGUAGUAAACAAAAAAGUGUUAAACAAAUCAAAAUAUAUUUUAUAUUUGAGAUUCUUCAAAUAGCCACCCUUUGCCUUGAUGACAGCUUUGCACACUCUUGGCAUUCUCUCAACCAGCUUCACCUGGAAUGCUUUUCCAACAGUCUUGAAGGAGUUCCCACAUAUGCUGAGCACUUGUUGGCUGCUUUUCCUUCACUCUGCAGUCCGACUCAUCCCAAACCAUCUCAAUUGGGUUGAGGUCCGGGGAUUGUGGAGGCCAGGUCAUCUGAUGCAGCAUUCCAUCACUCUCCUUCUUGGUCAAAUAGCCCUUACACAGCCUGGAGGUGUGUUGGGUCAUUGUCCUGUUGAAAAACAAAUGAUAGUCCCACUAAGCCCAAACCAGAUGGGAUGGCGUAUCGCUGCAGAAUGCUGUGGUAGCCAUGCUGGUUAAGUGUGCCUUGAAUUCUAAAUGAAUCGCAGACAGUGUAAACAGCAAAGCACCCCCACACAAUAAUACCUCCUCCUCCAUGCUUUACGGUGGGAACUACACAUGCGGAGAUCAUCCGUUCACCCACACCGCAUCUCACAAAGACACAGUGGUUGGAACUAAAAAUCUCCAAUUUGGACUCCAUACCAAAGGACAAAUUUCCACCAGUCUAAUGUCCAUUGCUCGUGUUUCUUGGCCCAAGCAAGUCUCUUCUUAUUAUUGGUGUCCUUUAGUAGUGGUUUCUUUGCAGCAAUUCGACCAUGAAGGCCUCAUUCACACAGUCUCCUCUGAUCAGUUGAUUUUGAGAUGUGUCUGUUACUUGAACUCUGUGAAGCAUUUAUUUGGGCUGCAAUUUAUGAGGCUGGUAAGUCUAAUUAACUUAUCCUCUGCAGCAGAGGUAACUCUGGGUCUUCCAUUCCUGUGGCGGUCCUCAUGAUAAUAAUAAUAAUAAUAAUAUGCCAUUUAGCAGAUGAGAGCCAGUUUCAUCAUAGUGCUUGAUGGUUUUUGCGACUGCACUUGAAGAAACUUCCAAAGUUCUUGAAAUGUUCCGUAUUGACUGAUCUACAUGUCUUAAAGUAAUGAUGGACUGUCGUUUCUCUUUGCGCUGUACUUGCCAUAAUAUGGACUUGGUCUUUUACCAAAUCUUCUGUAUAACGCCCCUACCUUGUCAUAACACAACUGAUUGGCUCAAAUGCAUUAAGAAGGAAAGAAAUUCCACAAAUUAACUUUCAACAAGACACACCUGUUAAUUGAAAUGCAUUCCAGGUGACUACCUCAUGAAGCUGGUUGAGAAAAUGCCAAGAGUAUGCAAAGCUGUCAUCAAGGCAAAGGGUGGCUACUUUGAAGAAUCUCAAAUAUAAAAUAUAUUUUGAUUUGUUUAACACUUUUUUGGUUACUACAUGAUUCCAUAUGUGUUAUUUCAUAGUUUUGAUGUCUUCACUAAUAUUGUACAAUGUAGAAAAUAGUGAAAAUAAAGAAAAACCCUUGAAUGAGUAGGUGUGUCCAAACUUUUGACUGGUAGCGUACAUACCUACAUGAUCAAAGCCAAGUGAUUAUUGUCUCAUAUAAACCUAAAGUGAUUGUAUCUUCAUUGUAGUGCUGGAGGUCCAGUCUGCAGUGCCCGUCAUUAUGGGAGCCAACAUUGGAACCUCAGUCACCAACACCAUCGUGGCCAUGAUGCAGGCAGGUGACAGAAAUGAGUUCCGCAGGUACAUCUGACUGGAUAACUUUCUAAGCAGCCUCAAUCGAUAGAAGUUUACAUCACCAUUUUUGACUAUAAAAAAGCAUUCUAAUUUGUUGCUUGGUAACAAGCAGAUUUUUUUGGGAAGAAAAAAGAGAGAUAAUGAUAUCAUGCUGGAUAAAAAGUGAGAUGUAGAUCCUGGUGUUAUUUCUUCCAGGGCGUUUGCUGGUGCCACGGUUCAUGACUUCUUUAACUGGCUGUCUGUGCUGAUCCUGCUGCCGCUGGAGGCGGCCACUGGUGUCCUGUAUAAACUCACCAAGAUCGUCAUCGACUCCUUUAACAUCCGGGGGGGUGACAAUGCCCCUGACUUGCUCAACGUCAUCACUAACCCCCUCACCAGCACCAUCAUAGCGGUAGGAGCAGCGAUUUCACCAUCAUGAAACAUCUUAUUAAUCACUAUAUAAAAUGUUAUUCUGGAUGAUGUCAUCUGGUGUGCAUCAUGUGAUUUCAACCAACUAUGAGCAAGCAAAGGUUAGUACUUCUGAAAAGAUAAUGCUCCUGCCCAGACGUUGCAUGCAUCAACCAAUGGUUGCGUGCCAUGUCAUUGACUGUGUCAUCGACUGACAGAUUGCUAUAACAUACAGUGAGGGAAAAAAGUAUUUGAUCCCCUGCUGAUUUUGUAUGUUUGCCCACUGACAAAGAAAUUAUCAGUCUAUAAUUUUAAUGGCAGGUUUAUUUGAACAGUGAGAGACAGAAUAACAACAAAAAAAUCCAGAAAAACGCAUGUCAAAAAUGUUAUGAAUUGAUUUGCAUUUUAAUGAGGGAAAUAAGUAUUUGACCCCUCUGCAAAACAUGACUUAGUACUUGGUGGCAAAACCCUUGUUGGCAAUCACAGAGGUCAGACGUUUCUUGUAGUUGGCCACCAGGUUUGCACACAUCUCAGGAGGGAUUUUGUCCCACUCCUCUUUGCAGAUCUUCUCCAAGUCAUUAAGGUUUCGAGGAUGACGUUUGGCAACUCGAACCUUCAGCUCCCUCCACAGAUAUUCUAUGGGAUUAAGGUCUGGAGACUGGCUAGGCCACUCCAGGACCUUAAUGUACUUCUUCUUGAGCAACUCCUUUGUUGCCUUGGCCGUGUGUUUUGGGUCAUUGUCAUGCUGGAAUACCCAGCCACGACCCAUUUUCAAUGCCCUGGCUGAGGGAAGGAGGUUCUCACCCAAGAUUUGACGGUACAUGGCCCCGUCCAUCGUCCCUUUGAUGCGGUGAAGUUGUCCUGUCCCCUUAGCAGAAAAACACCCCCAAAGCAUAAUGUUUCCACCUCCAUGUUUGACGGUGGGGAUGGUGUUCUUGGGGUCAUAGGCAGCAUUCCUCCUCCUCCAAACAUGGCGAGUUGAGUUGAUGCCAAAGAGCUCGACUUUGGUCUCAUCUGACCACAACACUUUCACCCAGUUCUCCUCUGAAUCAUUCAGAUGUUCAUUGGCAAACUUCAGACGGGCCUGUAUAUGUGCUUUCUUGAGCAGGGGGACGUUGCGGGCGCUGCAGGAUUUCAGUCCUUCACGGCGUAGUGUGUUACCAAUUGUUUUCUUGGUGACUAUGGUCCCAGCUGCCUUAAGAUCAUUGACAAGAUCCUCCCGUGUAGUUCUGGGCUGAUUCCUCACCGUUCUCAUUAUCAUUGCAACCUCACGAGGUGAGAUCUUGCAUGGAGCCCCAGGCCGAGGGAGAUUGACAGUUAUUUUGUGUUUCUUCCAUUUGCGAAUAAUCACACCAACUGUUGUCACCUUCUCACCAAGCUGCUUGGCGAUGGUCUUGUAGCCCAUUGUAGGUCUACAAUCUUAUCCCUGACAUCCUUGGAGAGCUCUUUGGUCUUGGCCAUGGUGGAGAGUUUGGAAUCUGAUUGAUUGAUUGAUUGCUUCUGUGGACAGGUGUCUUUUAUACAGGUAACAAACUGAGAUUAGGAGCACUCCCUUUAAGAGUGUGCUCCUAAUCUCAGCUCGUUACCUGUAUAAAAGACACCUGGGAGCCAGAAAUCUUUCUGAUUGAGAGGGGGUCAAAUACUUAUUUCCCUCAUUAAAAUGCAAAUCAAUUUAUAACAUUUUUGACAUGCGUUUUUCUGGAUUUAUUUGUUGUUAUUCUGUCUCUCACUGUUCAAAUAAACCUACCAUUAAAAUUAUAGACUGAUAAUUUCUUUGCCAGUGGGCAAACGUACAAAAUCAGCACGGGAUCAAAUACUUGUUUCCCUCACUGUAGGUGGUCCUGUGUGUCUCAAUCUGUAGAGCAUGGCGCUUACAACAGCAAAUAUUGUGGGUUCGAUUCCCGCUGGGGCCACCCAUACGUAAAAUGUAUGCAUGAUUGUAAGUCGCUUUGGUUAAAAGUGUCUUCUAAAUGGCGUAUAUUAUUAUCGCAUGAGCGUCACUAAUGCACCUGAUAAAGCAUUAACUACAAUAUGAGAAGUGAAACGUAUUAGAAUGUAUUUAUAUAGCUAACAAGAUGCAUAUACAACCCUGAAACAUAUUUGAAACAUCAGCUUAAUUUUACAUUUGAGUUGAUAGAGAACUUUAGUAGGCUAUAAUAAAAUGAUAUACAACUGAACAGAAACCUUUCUUUCCUCUAGCUGGAUAAAACUGUCAUCAGUGACAUUGCCACGGGUGACCCAGCGGCCAGAAACAAGAGUCUGAUCAAAAUCUGGUGCAGAACAGAGAAAUUCACGGUAAGACCCUGUCAUAAUAACCCUGUCACACCAGGAAUUAUUCAUCAGAUAGUCAAACAAUGAGUUAUUUUUGACCAAGUUUGUGAUGAUUGAGGAUUAAGAGUUUUCCGACAGUAAAAAACAAGAUAACGCUGUAGUAUAGCUGGGAGUGCUAUCUCUUAAGCCCUCUGUCGCAGGGUUAAUGUCUGACAGCUUUUAGCUUGGCCAGAGUUCUUCUACUUAUAAGGACCAGUGCUUUAUUGCCACUACACCAUGAGUCAAAAACGCGAAUUUCCUGUGUUUAUAUAUAUAUAUUUUCACACUAUGAGUUUGGAAUAAUCCUGUGAAAUUGUGAAAAUUAUUAUAAUGCCCUUUUAGUGUAAGAGCUGUUUGAAAAGACCGCCUGAAAUGUCAGCCUGUUGUUUUGGUGGGAUAAAGUUUUUGCCUGCCUGGUGACAUCACCAGGUGGUAAAUCAGUUAAUAGACCUCUCUGCUAAUAACAGCUAGUUUUCAGUUUUCCACUCCCCACUCAGACCACUCACAGACAGUCCUAGCAAAACUCUAGCUUGAAAAAUUGCUCUUUGCUAUUUUUGUUUCUUUUUGACAAUUUUAAUUGAAAACAAUCACAGUAAGGUACUUAACUGUUACCCAGAAAUGAUUUGAUAUUGAGAUAAAAACGGCUGUAUUGCACCUUUAAUAAAAUGCCCUGUCUUUACUAGUCAAAGUGGAUAAGGUUAUUGUUUCCAUAGGGUUUGAUUACAAUGAUUAUGAACUAUGCAUUUUAUCUGUAUUGGCUAAAAAACUAUUAUUAUUCUUUUUUAGACUCUUUUAAAUAUAACAGUUCCCUCAGCUGCCAACUGCACGACCGGCAUCCCCUGUUGGGUGGAAGGCAACAGGACAUGGACCCAGAUAAAUGUGACUGAGACGAUCAAUCUAGAGAGAUGUAAGUACAGCACAAUCACUGUGCCCAUGAUCCCACAAAGGCCUAUACAGAGCAAUUUGGAUUACCUGAUAUGCUCAGUUAAACGUCUGUGAAACCGGAGAACCCCCCCCCCCCCCCCCCCCACCCCCCACCGCCAGACAAGGACAAUGACUUCCAUUCAGCCAGACAAGGACAAUGACUUCCAUUCAGUCUAUUAAGUGACUCAUCACAUACCCUCCCUUCACCUCUUCUACCUGCUCAAAAACCCUCCCCUCACCUCCUCUCCCUGCUCAAAUACCCUCCCCUCACCCCCUCUGCCUGCUCAAAUACCCUCCCCACACCCCCUCAACCCACUCAAAAGGCCCAUUCAUUCUGGCCAGCUGAAGCACCUGAGUGGCCCAAGGCCGAACGACGGCUAGCACUCCCAAGUCUGACACAGCCAAUCAAAAUGAAUACCUGUACGCUUGGAUUUAAAAAUCAGCCAAUCAAAACAAGGGAAAGGGUCAUCGCUCUCAUUUUGGCUUGGAUCAGAUCCUGUUGUAAUGUAACCCCUUACUUUGGGUCACCAGACAUGUCAGGGAUAAGUGUAGAAGAUAUGGGGGAAAAAACAUGUUGACUAUUGAAGUAACAUUCUUCCUAUCCUUUCCAUCAAAUCGGUGGAAGUCAUGUCAGGACAGAAAAAUUACCUUAUCACUAAUCUCACUAAACUAAUGACCUUCUCUCUAAUCUUUCAGUGUUAUCCCACCUUUGUCCCAGGUAUAUCUUUAAUAACAUUUGGGAUCUUCCCAUGCAGGCAACCAUAUCUUUGCCUAUGCUAACCUGCCUGACCUGGCUGUGGGCCUCAUCCUGCUGGCCCUGUCCCUGCUCAUCCUCUGUACCUGCCUCAUCCUCAUCGUCAAGCUGCUCAACUCCAUGCUCAAGGGACAGGUGGCCGUGGUCAUCAAGAAGGUGCUCAACACAGGUGAGAAGACAUUGGCUAUCUUCCCAAUCUACUCAGAAUGCUAGUAGAACAUGCGUCCUGUUUGAUAACACAGGUAAAGCCACUCUGCAGCUUGAAGGUCACAUCAGGUGCUCUGGUCCUGUUACAUGACAGUCCAAGCUCAGGUACAACUAUCCUGUGAUUCUCACGGUCAGUUUGAUGUUGAUGCCGAAAGUAAUCCUACAAUUCACUUUGAUGUUGAAGGUGUCAUAAUAGGGUCAGAGUGAUCUUACGGUUAUGGUCUCCAAGCUAAUGCUUAACCUGCUCUGUCUUGUCUGUUCAGACUUCCCCUUCCCCUUCGGCUGGGUCACUGGUUACAUCGCCAUCCUGGUCGGAGCAGGAAUGACCUUCAUCGUUCAGAGCAGCUCUGUCUUCACCUCUGCAAUCACGCCCCUUGUUGGUGAGUAGUAGGCCUAUUUGUUUAGCGUCUAUCUAUCCAUUUACCUUUAGCUGUCUCCUAUUGCAUCCAAACCUACUGGUACACUCAAGUAUUCUUUCAGUAUCAUGUAACCCGGCAUGUAUUAUUUUUCUCUGCCCCAUGUCUUAUUCCUUCUCUCUAAAUUCUAACAGGUAUUGGUGUUAUUAGCCUUGAGAGAGCCUAUCCCCUGACAUUGGGCUCUAAUAUCGGCACAACUACCACUGCUAUUCUUGCUGCUAUGGCUGCUCCCGGAGAAACACUGGCCAACUCAUUGCAGGUUUGUUGUAGUAAUCAUUUAUUUUAAUGGCGGUGUCAUAUUGCUCUCUGUCCACUCUCUCUCUGUAUACAUCAGUAUUUUUUAAGUUUCACUCACCCUGUUUGCAUCUCCUCUCCAGAUUGCACUGUGCCAUUUCUUCUUCAACAUAGCAGGGAUCUUGCUGUGGUACCCUAUCCCAUUCACUCGGAUCCCCAUCCGCUUGGCCAGAGCCCUGGGGAACCGCACAGCCAAGUAUCGCUGGUUCGCAGUGAUCUACCUCCUGCUCUGCUUCUUCCUCAUGCCCCUGACCAUCCUGGGGCUCUCUCUGGCCAGCUGGCAGGCCCUGGUGGGGGUGGCCGUGCCCAUCGUUGUACUGGCCAUCUUCAUCAUCAUCGUCAACCUGAUGCAGGUGCGUUGUCCUCGGUACCUGCCCAGCGGGCUGCGGAACUGGGACUUCCUGCCCCGCCCCCUGCACUCCAUGGCCCCCUGGGAUCAGGUGGUGAUGUCUGGCAUGGCCUUCUGUGGCACCCGCUGCUGCUGCUGCUUUAAGUGCUGCCAGAAGACUGAGGAUGAAGACAAGGGUGGUAAGGAGAGGAAGAAGAGUCAAGAGAUGUAUGAUAACCCAGCCCUAACCAGAGACAAUGAGCCACAAGAGACCCCCAAGGAAACUGUGAAAGCUACACAGCUCUGACACAGUUAUGAAUUCACUGUAACAUUUCUGUAAGACAUAUAUAACCUAUUUGUAACAUAUUUGUAAUCCCCCAUGUUUGCUCAGGCUUUAUGGAGUUAACCAGUCUCUGUUUCGGUGAUACUGUGUCACGAAGUGGUGUAGGCCCGAACAGGGCAACUGUACUUCUUGUAGGAGAACAUCACCAAAAAGUGUUGAGUAUCCACUGUAUAUAUUUAUUGGGGCGAAAUACAUAUAUUGCUAAAAACCACUCCAUGGAAUCAUACAACAGACUCAAAUAAAAUAAAAUAAAAUAGUAUUUGUCACAUGCACCGAAUAC